UUUUAACAUCCAUUAGUUGAUCAAAAUAAUUUUAAUGCAUCGUAAUUCAUGUCUUGAAAAUUUUAAAGAAUAAGCUUAUCACAUAUAUCUCAAAUGAUAAAUAAGCACUACUGUAUAAGGUUAACUUCGGAUACACACCACGUGUACGAAUUUAUGAGUUAAUAAUAUUACGUAAUUAUAUAUAUUGCUAGAUUGAUGAAGGCUUAAAUAUUCCUUUUAUCGUUAGAGUUCGAUUAUUUAUUAGUUUUCUUAAGCAUUUCAACAUGACAUCAAUCAUCAAAUCUAUCAUGGAUACCAAAUGGAUUCUAGUUGGUAUUUCUGGAUGCACUAAUGCUGGUAAAACAACUUUGGCCUCUUUUUUAAAUGAAAAGUAUCCUGGAUGUGUAAUUGUGAAUCAAGAUCACUUUUUCCGAAGCGAAGAUAGCGAAUAUCAUAUUCAUAUUCCUGAAUUAAACCACAAAAAUUGGGAACGUCUUGAAGCAGUUGACUGGGAAGCCAUGAUGGAAAAUUUGUCUGAGGUAACUUCGAAAAAUCCUAUAAGAGAAAAAUCGCUUCUCAUAGUUGAAGGUCAUAUAAUAUUUAAUCAUCCUAUCAUCAGAAAUUUAUUUCACAAGAAAUACUUCUUAAUGUUAUCCAAAGAUGAAUGUUUUAAACGAAGAUGUACACGCGUCUAUGUUCCACCAGAUGUUCCUGGUUAUUUUGAACAAUGUGUUUGGCCUAUGUAUUUAUUGAAUUUGGAAGACGUGCGAGAGAACUGUGCAGAUGUGAUUUACUUAGAUGGUGCAAGUAAUUUAGAACAGAUUACAAAAUUUGUAUUAUCUGACCUUCAAGCAUUUUUGCAAGAAAAAUUACAGAAAUCAUAGAAUAGAGAUCAAAAGAAUUCCUUUUUAAUGAUGUUUAUAAAGAUAUUCGAAGUUACUACGAUACUUUCUUGUAUGAUCAUAUCUAAUACUGAUACUGUAAUAUUUUUGUUUUGCAAUUCUAAUAUAUAUUUUAAUUUCCA